AUGACACACGGUGCCAUGAACUGCCGGCCCCACCACGGCGGUCUAGCGGCUAAGGGUCUGAUUACAGCGCUCACAGGCGUUGCACUUCUGGACUUGGGGGAAAUCUACGGAGCCAGCAUUUCGAACGUUUCUCACCUCAUAACGACCCGCAGCCUUGGAGGCCUGCUUGGCUCUCUGCUAGGGGGCAUGCUGUACGACACCUACAACACGCAGAUCACGUCCAUCCUCAUGCUGCUGUUGACCAGCGUGACGGUGCUGAUGGUUCCACUAUGCCCACUCCUGCUUGUGGCUCACUUCAUGGCCUUCUUCAUGGGUCUCAGCUUGGGUGCGUUCGGCACGGGCGCCAACGUCUGGAUCAUCAACAUGUGGCCGGGUAACAGCAGCCCGGCGCUCCACAUUUUUCACUUCGCUUUCACCGUCGGCUUGCUAGUGGCUCCUCUCAUAGCUGGGCCGUUUCUUUCACCCGGAACCUCUGCCAUCGCCGUCGGAACUUCAACCCACUUUCAUGACGAAGUCUCCAACCUAGACUACGAAUUGGAGCCGUCGCCCAACGCCACCUUCAAUGAGUCCUUCCGAGUGGCAACAUCCGACGCGGAGACUACCGACUACUACAACUCAUACGAGGGCACUACUGUGUACUACGCGUUCGGAAUAGCCAGCGCUUUCUAUUUGUUCCUCGUUCUGUCGAUGACUUCAACGUACUGCAUUGACAAAUCCGACUUCAAGCGGAAGGCGAUGCGAGGAGCGCAGCGCGAUCCGGAUCUCACUGGCCCUUCUGAGCGUCUACGAAUGCAUCUACGUCGCGCUCGAAUGCACGACGUCUCAGAUGUUGCCCACCUUUGCAGUCGAGAGCGACUUCUCCAAGCUGGACGCGGCCCGGGUCGCCGCCGUGUAUUUUUCUUCUUUGCUGCGAGCCGCCUGGUCGCGGCGAUUGUCGCCUUGAAGGUGUCUUCCCGGUUGACGCUUAUCUUCACUCACGGUGUGCUCGUGACCACGGCGUUGGUGAUGACCGUGUGGCGCUCCGAAAACGCGCUCGUGCUCUGGGUCGGCAGCGCAAUGAUGGGUUUCGGCCAAGGGCCCGUCAAGGCAGCGAUAGUCGCCUGGACUGCAGAGUACAUUACCAUCAGCAACAAGAUGAUGUCGGUAGUCAUGGUCACGGGCAGCAUCGGAAACCUGGCGCCGGCGCUUCUCGUGGGACAGUUCGUAGAAAGUGAUGCCGCAUCCUUCCUUUACGUGUCUCUGGGAGCCGUGUUGCUUUGUGCGGUCAUGUUUCUGGGCAUGUACGCUUACAUUACCAGAAGGCGCACUUAGAAGCCGCAAGGUGGUCUUGAAAUCACUGCAGAUUCCAAGAAAGCGGG